AGGCGCGAAAGUGCAUCUACCUGUCCAAAUGUAAUUUUGAUGGCUCAACGGUUUUCCUAUUAACAAUAGACUAAGUAAUUUAUACCAUUGUCGUCUUACAAACCGUCGGUCCUAGUGCAGUGCUGUGAUAUAAUCGUUUUCAUUCAUUUUAUGAACAAAUCUCACGUUUCCGAAAACAUGACACGAAUUCAGACCAGAGCAUCGAGGAGAUUAUCGAAUUUGCCCCCGGAAGAGACUGAAUUACCGAAAACCAGACCAAAGAGGCAGAAAUCGAGGCCCAUAAUCGUGCUCAGCGACGACAGCGAUGAAGAAACGUUCACCACCAUCAACCCCAGGACCCCCAAAAAGGAGAAGUCCCGCAUUUCCGACGUGGACUUGCACGAACUCAGUCCCGUCACACCGCCGAAGCAAAAACGCGUAGUCAAAAACAUAAUAAACAACGAAAAUGUGCCUCAAACCCCUUCGUCGUUGCUCAAAAACCUCACUCUGACCAGCCCCACAUUCAAAAACAACUUGAAGCAAUCAGCUGAGAAGGACAAGGCGAACAGACGGAGUUUGUUCCCGGAAAAUGAAGAGCCCAGCGUUUACCAGAGUGCCAGAAAGGCUUUGCACAGCACAUUCCCAACAAAAAUGCCCGGUCGAGAGAAGGAACAUGAGGAGCUCAGGGACUUUAUCACCACACAUUUGAGGGAUAAAACUUCUGGGUCUUUGUAUGUCAGUGGCCCACCAGGAACUGGAAAGACUGCAUCUUUAAAUUUAAUUUUAGAGGAGGAUAAUAUUGCCUCUAAGUUUAAAGAAGUUUAUGUUAACUGCACAGCUAUUAAAUCAGCCACUGCCAUUUAUGCUAGGAUUAAUAAAGAAUUGGGUGUAAAAACCUCAGGAAAGACUGAAAAAGAAAAUCUUGCAGCCAUUGAAAAUUAUUUGAAAAAGGAUCAUAAAAUGAUAUUGCUAGUCCUUGAUGAGAUUGACCAGCUGGAAAGCAAAAAUCAGUCGAUUCUCUACACAAUAUUUGAGUGGCCCUCAAAGCCAGACUCAAAAUUAAUUUUGAUAGGAAUCGCCAACGCUUUAGAUUUGACUGAUAGAACAUUACCUCGACUACAAGCUCGCUGCGAAUUAAAACCGAGACUGAUGCACUUUGCUCCCUACACCAAACAACAGAUAGUUGAAAUAUUCACCACUCGAUUGAAGGAGGCCGGCGUUUUGGAGGUGUUUUCGCCCAUCGCCCUGCACAUGCUGGCUGGCAAAGUGGCUGCAGUAUCCGGUGAUGUUAGGAGGGCUUUGGACAUUGGCAGGAGGGUCAUAGAACUUGUAGACAACAACAAAGAUGGUUCUGUAUUGAAACCCUUAGAGAAUUUGGCUAAUGAAUUGGUGGAUAAUGAAAAGAUUACCCCUGAGGAAGUCAAACCAAAGGCUGUGGACCUCAAAGAGGUUGUGAACGUUUUAAACAACGUAUAUGGCACAUCUCAGAAUUUGACCGAAGACCAAGACGAUUCGUUCCCGCUACAACAGAAAAUUAUUGUUUGUUCUCUGCUUCUGAUUCUAAAGAAGGCAAAGAACAAGGAUGUGACAGUUGGGAAGCUUCAUGAAGUCUACAGAAGAGUUUGCACCAAGAGGAACUUACUGGCUGUUGAUCAGGCAGAGUUUGUGGGUCUCUGUUCACUUAUUGAAACAAGAGGUAUUAUUAAAGUGUCGGGACGAAAGGAGCCAAGAUUGCAUAAGGUCAACCUUGAGUGGGAUGAAGAGGAAGUCGGCAAUGCACUGAAGGAUAAACACUUAAUUUCUACUAUUUUACAAGACGCGACUUGUUUAGGCAAGCUUUAAUGUUUUUAUUUUGAUUAAUAUUAUAUGAUAAAUAUUUAUUUAUACAAGAUGUAAAUGCUAUAAUUUUAGUAUUAGAAUAAAUUUGUUUUAUUUUA